AUGAAGUUCUCUCAAGUCGCUCUAGCCUCAGCCGUUGCUGCCUCUACUGCCUUUGCUGCUCCAGCAGCCACUACCGUGACCAAACACGUUCAUGCUCAACAAACUGCCGUUGUCAGUGGCAGCUUGUACGUGGAAAACGGUUCCACCUUGACUUCCUGGACCACUAUCCUCCAGGACGUGCCUGCUACCAGCGCUGCUGCCAGCGCUACAGCCAGUGCCACUGCCGCCGCUAGUUCUUCUCCUGCAGCGUCUUACUAUGAAUCUGUCAUUGUUUCCACAAUCGUGGUUUCUGGCAGUCAAUCGGCCUCGCCCUCGAGCGCUUCUGUUUCAGAGGCUUCUGCUUCUUACACAUCAGAGGCUGCCUCCACUACCUCGGCUGCUCCAGCCUCUACUUCUUCUGUUGCUCCAGCCUCUACUUCUUCUGUUGCUCCAGCCUCUACUUCUUCUGCUGCUCCAGCCUCUACGUCUUCUGCUGCUCCAGUUUCUACUUCUUACUACACACCAUCUCAAACUUCCUCAUCUGCUGUUCCAGCCUCGUCUUCCUCCGCAGUCGUCGAGAAAGUCGUCGCUCAAACUAUUGCUGCAGUUUCUACUACUGCUUCUGAAAGCGCCUCCUCCUCCUCAUCAUCUUCGUCUUCCACCACCACUUUGGUCCCAGCAACUACUUCUUCCUCUGCCACCACCACUUUGGCUCCAACAUCUUCUUCCACCUCCAGCUCGGCUCCAGCUGCUACCUCCUCUGCAUCUUCGGACUUCGCCUCAAGUAUCCUCAGUGCCCAUAACACUAAGAGAGCUUUGCAUAAGGAUACCUCGAGUUUAACUUGGUCUGACACUCUAGCAUCUUACGCCCAAGACUACGCCGACAACUACGACUGUUCCGGUUCUUUGACCCACUCUGGUGGUCCAUAUGGUGAAAACUUGGCAUGUGGCUAUUCAGCUACUGGUUCCGUUGAAGCCUGGUACGACGAGAUUAAAUCCUACGACUGGUCCAACCCUAACUACUCCUCAUCUACCGGCCACUUCACUCAAGUUGUUUGGAAAGGUACUUCCCAGGUUGGUUGCGGUAUUAAGCAAUGCAGUGGUGGUACUGGUGACUACGUUAUCUGCUCUUACCAAACUGCAGGAAACUUCCUUGGUGAAUUUGCUCAAAAUGUCAUGUCUUUGAACUAG